CUAUGUGGGUGUUGAAAUUAGGCAGGCAUCUUUUCAAGCAAGGACCGUGUUUACAACAUGACUUUGCAUGCCCAGUCAAAGAUAAACAUUAAUCUGUGGACUUAGGUCUGCUUGGAGACAAAACUCCGCCUCAGUUUGGUGGGAAGAGAAGAGAGAUUUUUCUUUAUUUACGAGAUGAAGGCUCAUAUUGUUCUCCCUUUGUAUUGGGUAGUAGGAAGCCUUUUCUUAAUAUUCUGGGGCAUGGCUGAAAAUAAGAAACUCCUGGUUUUCCCUCAAGAUGGAAGUCACUGGCUCAGCAUGCGGGAUGUGAUUGAAGAGCUAAGUAAGAAGGGGCAUGAAAUUGUGGUGCUAGUGCCUGAAGUAAAUUUGCUCCUUAAAGAAUCAAAAUUCUACAAAAGAAAACUCUACCCUGUCCCCUACCCCCAGGAUGAACUGGAGAAGCGUUUCCAGACAUUUGGCCAUAAUCUCUUUGCAGAGAGGUCUUUCCUGAGCGCAGCCUGGGUUGAGUAUCAGAAUAACCAUCUUGUCAUUGACAUGUUCUUCCUCAACUGUGACAGCCUGCUGAAGGACCAUGAGACCAUCAGAUACCUCGAAGAAAGCCAAUUUGACACCCUCUUCACAGACCCAGCAUUGCCGUGUGGGAUGAUCCUGGCCGAGCAUCUGUCCAUACCUUCUGUAUACUUUUUCCGAGGCUUUCCCUGUGCUUUGGAGCACACGAUGAGCAGGACCCCCAACCCCGUGUCUUUCAUCCCCAGGUGCUACACUGCCUUUUCUCACCACAUGACCUUCUACCAGAGAGUGAUCAACUUCCUGGUGAAUGAUUUAGAGACCCUCCUCUUUAAGGACUUGUACACAAAAUACCUAGAGAUUGCUGCUGACUUCCUAAAGAGAGAGGUGAACCUGCCAACCCUCUAUGGACAAGGAUCCAUUUGGCUUUUGAGAUAUGAUUUUGUGUUUGAGUAUCCCAGGCCCAUCAUGCCCAACAUGGCCUUCAUUGGAGGAAUAAACUGCAAACAAAGGAAAAGACUGGAACAGGAAUUUGAAGCCUAUGUGAAUGCCUCUGGGGAACACGGAGUUGUGGUCUUCUCCCUGGGCUCUAUGGUCUCAGAAAUCCCAAUGAGCAAAGCCAUGGAAAUCGCUGAAGCUUUGGGUACAAUACCUCAGACAGUAUUGUGGCGGUACACUGGAACCCCACCUUCUAAUCUAGCCAAGAACACCAAACUUGUGAAAUGGCUUCCACAGAAUGAUCUGCUUGCUCACCCGAAGACCCGGGCAUUCAUCACUCAUGCUGGCUCUCAUGGUGUCUAUGAAGGGGUCUGUAAUGGAGUGCCAAUGGUGUCCUUGCCUUUGUUUGGAGAUCAGAUGGACAAUGCUAAACGCAUGGAGUCAAGAGGGGCAGGAGUGACCCUGAACGUCCUUGAAAUGACAUCUGAUGAUCUCAGCAAGGCACUGAAGAAGGUUAUAAAUGAUAAAAGCUACAAGGAAAACAUCAUGCGUCUGUCAGCUCUUCACAAAGAUCGGCCUAUCAGCCCCCUUGACCUUGCUGUGUUCUGGGUGGAAUUUGUGAUGAGAAACAAAGGGGCCCCACAUUUACGUGCUGCUGCCCAUGACCUCAACUGGAUCCAGUACCAUUCCUUGGAUGUCAUUGCUUUCCUCCUGGCUAUUGUAUUGACUGUUGUACUAAUUACUGUGAAAUGCCUAAAGUUUUGUUUUCAGAAAUGCUUUGGUAAAAAAGGAAAAGCUAAGAAAGCCACCAAACCUAAGUCUCAUUGAGCCACAUUUUAAAAUCUAGAUAUAUUUGUUUGUUUUCCCUAUGGAUUCUGAAAAUGUACCCAUAAGAAUUCCAUGCACACCCAAGCACACAAAUACACUAAUGUAUCCUCAUGCAGACAACUCAUUUUCAAAUCAAUUUUUGAUAAAGAAAAUCUCAAUCUUAUUUUGUUGUUUAUUGAAGUAGGAGCAUAGAGCUUAUUGAAGUAAGGCAAGAUUCAUAACCUCGAGGAUGACCAUGAACAUGCUUGAAUGGUUCGGGAUCGAGAAGUAUAAGAGAUUCUCUAGUCAGAAAACAGAGGAACUAUAACAUUUAUUUAGACACAAGAGAAUUUAAUCCCAGGACCAAUAAUUGCAAUUUCAUAUAGUAGCAAUUUUAUUCCAACACCAUUAAGCCCACCUCAAUUUAGCAACAAGGAAAUUAUAACAAAUUAUUAUAACAAGGAGCCAAGCCAUAUUGUAACUUAAUCCCCCCACAUGGUGCUCUGCUAGCACAAAUGGAUCGGAAUGUUAUCAGUCACCCACAACCAGUGUUUGUAGCAAAGGCACAAGUUAUGAUAUUGGUGAAAACCAAACUAAACAUAUGAAUAAAUCCCUACUAAUAAUUUUUC